UUUAAAUAAAAUUAAGAGCGUUUACUUGUCUUGCAACAGUAAAAUUUGUUGUUUAUUAUAUUUUGUAAAUUCUGCAAGAAUAUUUCAUGAAACAGCUGACAAAGUUGUCGCAAACAACAAAGUAUAAAUUUAUAAGGCAACAUUUUACUAACUUGACGAAAGCAAUUUGUUGACAGCGACGCCGGCAGAACAUUUUGUUCUGUCUUUAGUUUGAAUAGAAUUGUUAAAGAAUUUCAUCUGGCAGUGUAUUUCGUAUUUAUCGGUUGAUAUUAAACUAAUUUUUAUGAAAAUUGCGGAAAAAGGUACUUCAGUCAACUAUAUUUGUGUGAAAGACAACAUUGUUGCAGACCACAUUUAGUCAUACAUUUGGAUCGACCAAAUUUAAGUGCCAUUCAAUAAGAAAAAAAAAAUUUAGGAAGAAUUUAUGAAAUUCAAUUGUUAAUUUGCCACAGCUGAAGAUAUUGUUUUUGUGAUAUCAAAUGUCUAGCUCACAUUUACUUCAACAACCCUCCACAAUCGAGCCUCCUGCAGCCAAAAAGCGCCGCAUACUUGACGAUGCCAGUACAAUUCCACAAAACAAUGCCGAAGAUGGCGAGAAUGGCAUAAAUGACGUUGACAAGCAGAGACAAAAAGAGUCAGCUAAUAUAGAGCAUGUAUCGUCGUCUUGCUCAGUUUCGUUCAGUAGCAAUAAUGCCGGUUCGUCUGCCAUCGUGAAUACAUUAAAUGAGAGCGGCAUUAGUACACCGUCGGCAGUGAACAAAGAAAGUGAACGAAGUAAGCUUUGCAAUUUAAAUAAUAAAAAUUUUGAUAUAAAAAGUAACAACGGUGCAGUUUCAUCGACAAGUUCUGGCGCAGUAACAAAUUCCAAUUCGAAAACGGGUAGCAGUGCGAAAAAUUCCCAAACAAAUACAUCAAUGGCGACUAAUGCCUUCAAUGCUGCUGGUAAUAAUGCUGGCAAUGACAUAGAUGAGUCCCUCUACUCGCGCCAAUUAUAUGUUUUGGGACACGAUGCAAUGCGUCGCAUGGCAAAUUCCGAUAUUUUACUGUCGGGGCUUGGCGGCUUAGGCCUCGAAAUUGCGAAAAACGUCAUUCUUGGAGGAGUAAAAUCCAUAACAUUGCAUGAUACACAAAACAGUUCUAUACGUGAUUUAUCCUCACAGUUCUACUUGACCGAGGCGGAUGUUGGAAAGAAUCGUGCAGUUGCUUCGUGUGAUCAAUUGGCCGAGUUAAAUAACUACGUCCGCACCACUGCGUAUACAGGUGACUUAAACGAGGAUUUUCUCUCUCAGUUCAGUGUUAUAGUGCUGACUGCCUCUGACGAUGAAGAACAACAACGUAUUGCGAAGUUCGCGCACGAAAGAAAUAUUGCUCUUAUUAUAGCUGAGACUCGUGGUCUUUUCGCUAAAAUAUUUUGUGAUUUUGGUGAAAACUUCACAAUUUAUGAUCAGGAUGGUGCUCAGCCCAUAUCCAAUAUGAUUGCUAGCAUUACAAGAGAUACGCAAGGUGUCAUUACUUGUUUAGAUGAGACGAGACAUGGAUUAAAUGAUGGUGACUAUGUUACAUUUUCUGAGGUAUUGGGCAUGACUGAACUCAACGGUUGUGCUCCAAUUAAAAUCAGCAUACUUGGUCCAUACACGUUCAGUAUCGGCGACACAAGCCAUUUUGGAGAGUAUAUAUCUGGUGGCAUUGUAACGCAAGUUAAAAUGCCUAAAAUUAUUAAUUUUAAGCCAUUGGAAGUUGCAGAGAAAGAACCGGAAUUUAUUGAUUCAGACUUUGCUAAAUUUGACCAUCCAAUGUCGCUUCAUGUCGCAUUCAAAGUACUGCAUAAAUAUAUUAAGGAGAUCGGUAGUCCUCCACGCCCUUGGAACGAUACCGAUGCUCAAAGUUUUCUACAAAUCUGCAAAUCUGUCGAUCCUAAUGUUAAAGAUGAUUUGAUACUAACAUUUGCAAAAACAUGCGCAGGUAAUACUUGCCCUCUUGACGCAGCAAUGGGUGGUUUUGUUGCACAAGAAGUACUUAAAGCUUGUAGUGGCAAAUUUACUCCUAUAUUUCAAUGGCUUUACUAUGACGCGAUUGAAUGCUUACCUGAAAACGGCGUUUCUGAAGAAGAUGCUCAGCCAAUUGGAUCCCGUUACGAUGCACAAAUAGCUAUAUUUGGCAAGAGUUUCCAAGAAAAAUUAGCGGAUGUUAAAUACUUUAUAGUUGGAGCCGGUGCUAUUGGUUGCGAGUUGUUGAAAAACUUUGCUAUGGUUGGUGUGGGUGCACGUAAUGGCAGAAUAUACAUUACCGACAUGGAUUUAAUAGAAAAGUCAAAUUUAAAUAGGCAGUUUUUGUUUAGACCAAAAGAUGUACAAAAACCUAAAGCACAAACUGCAGCUGCAGCCAUUAAAAAAAUGAAUCCGGAGAUCGAAGUUACUGCCUAUGAAUUACGUGUUGGUAGUGAAACUGAAAAAGUAUUUUCUGAAGAUUUCUUUGGAAAAUUGGAUGGAGUAGCUAAUGCAUUGGAUAAUGUUGAUGCUCGUAUAUAUAUGGAUCGAAAAUGUGUAUUUAAUCGCAUACCACUAGUAGAGUCUGGCACACUUGGUACUAUGGGUAAUGUACAAGUCAUUGUGCCAUUUCAAACAGAAUCAUACAGUUCGUCUCAAGAUCCACCAGAGAAAAGCAUACCAAUAUGUACUCUAAAAAAUUUCCCUAACGCUAUUGAACACACAUUGCAAUGGGCUCGCGAUACAUUUGAAGGAGUAUUUAAGCAAGCAGCAGAAAAUGCAUCUCAAUUUAUAACCGAUCCAAGCUUUUUGGAGCGCAUACUUAAAUUACCGGGAAUUCAACCACUUGAAAUUUUAGAAUCAGUAAAGAAAGCCUUAAUUGACGAUAAUCCGAAAGACUUUGCUGAUUGUGUUCAGUGGGCAAGAUUACAUUUCGAAGAGCAAUAUGUUAAUCAAAUUAAACAGCUGUUAUUCAACUUCCCACCUAAUCAAGUAACAUCGUCAGGACAACCUUUCUGGUCUGGACCGAAACGUUGCCCUGAACCAUUAGAAUUCGAUGUAAAUGAUCCUCUUCAUCUGGAUUAUGUACAUGCAGGAGCUAAUUUACGCGCUGAAGUUUACGGUAUACCUCAAGUGCGAGACAGACAAAUUGUUGCUGAAUUAACUCUUAAAAUCAAAGUGCCGGAAUUCAAACCACGGUCAGGUGUUAAAAUUGAAACAAACGAAAAUGCCGCUGCUGCAGCCGCCAAUAGUUACGAUAAUGCGGAAGUUGAUCAAGAUCGUGUAAACAAAAUACUUACAGAACUGCAAGGACUUAGUAAAUCGAAUUUUAAAAUUCAGCCUAUUGAUUUUGAAAAAGAUGACGACUCAAAUUUACAUAUGGAUUUCAUUGUGGCUUCAUCGAAUUUACGCGCCGCAAAUUAUCGCAUACCCCCAGCAGAUCGUCAUAAGUCGAAGUUAAUUGCAGGCAAAAUCAUACCCGCUAUUGCUACAACCACAUCACUUGUUUCGGGACUAGUUGUAUUAGAAGUGAUAAAACUUAUCAUUGGCCACAACGAGCUAUCAAAGUUUAAAAAUGGAUUUGCAAAUUUGGCGCUUCCACUCAUAGCCUUCUCAGAACCCUUGUCUGCUGAUAAAAAUACAUACUACGGCAAAGAAUGGACGCUAUGGGAUCGCUUUGAAGUGCAGGGAGAAUUAUCUUUACAAGAAUUCCUUGAUUAUUUUGAGAAGAAUGAGAAGCUCAAGAUUACCAUGCUCUCUCAGGGAGUGUCAAUGCUUUACUCAUUCUUUAUGCCCAAGACUAAGUGCGCUGAACGUCUGCCGCUGCCAAUGACUGAAGUCGUACGUCGUGUUUCUAAAAAGCGUAUAGAGUCGCAUGAGCGCUCUUUGGUAUUCGAAAUAUGUUGCAACGAUGAAGAAGGCGAAGAUAUAGAAGUACCCUAUGUGCGUUAUACUUUGCCGCAGUAGAAAUGACAACCAACUUUGAAGAGUAAUAUAAAUUUUUUAUAACAUUUGAAAUAGAUGGAAAUUAUUUGAUAAAAAAUCCUUUAAAUAUACAAGUAUACUAAAGUAGUUAUCUAUCAGUCAAGAAGGCAGAAGAUUAUUAUUUAUUUCUGUGAAUAUCUUCUGUGUUUGUGUUUUUUGAAUUUAAUCAGCUAAAUUUUCGUAACAUUUUGCAUUUGCUGAAUUUUAACAUUAAUAAUUAACUAUGUUUCAAUGCAAUGCGCUCGUUGUAAGUCCUUGAAGGACGCGUUAAUAAAGUUUUGUAAUUCUGUUCUUAAUAAGAGAAAAUUGUACUAUGCGUCUGCUCAGCAAACACUUGAAUAAUAUUUUAAAUAAAUCAGGUAAAUUGUUAAAUAAGUUAAAUUAUGAAUUAAGUGCGUAUAAACGAAAUAAAAAUUUUUGUGAAUUAAUUACUUUUGCAAUUAAUUAAAAAAUAAUAAAUUUGUAUUUAUAAUUUUAA